CUAAUUUUUUAUAAAAUGCAACCGCAAUCAACAAAAAGUUCAUAUAAUGGAACUUCAAAAUCCGUUAAUACGAAUGCACAGUCUAGAACAAAUCACUCCUAUGGAGGUAAUAAUAAUAAUCGGCAGCAGAGUUACGCAGGCUCGACUCCUAGAAAUCGUCAUAUACAAACAGCUGCCAUUUUUCCUCCACUGCAUCCGGGUAUGGUAAUGAGUCAAUUUAAUGCAGCCGCCUAUGCAGCACAGCGUCCACCAAACCUUCAGCAGUGUCAAUAUACCGCCCAAUUUUAUCCACAGUUGUAUUAUCCCUAUUAUGUGCCACAACUUCCCCAGCAGCAGCAUCAAGGGCCGCAGCAGCAACAAGGUGGUAAUGUUGGUUCUAUAAUGGCUACAAUGACUCUACCGCCAGGCAGUUUUGUGGGCGGUCCGCCAGGUAAUCAAAGUUCUCUAACUUAUGCUGCGGUAACACCGAGCAAUUCCUUGAUAAGUGUCAACAAUACUAGUGCUGCUCAAAAUUUAGUUUUGGGCCCCUUGCAACAAAAUUCGGUUCAGGUUCAAACACCAUUAACCUAUGGCCUAAAUGCUGUAGCCAAUAGUUCUUCUAUGGUUAAUACAACAGCCCCAGGUCCAUCAGUAAAUUUUGCUUCAACACGUAUGACCUUUGCCGCCGCUGCUUUGGCUGGCAAUACAAGAAUGGCUGCCAAUCCCUCUGUAAUGCCUACAACUCAACCUCAAAUUAAGGCCAAACUGCGCUCCCACGCCUUACAAAUUAUACAUCCGGUGACAAAUAAAAAUAUUUUACAGGAUUUGAAUAACGAUAAAGAGAUAUCGUUCCCUGCUGGAGCAACUAGUUCCGAAACGCAAAUCGUUGAAAAACAAAAGAUCAAAUCUUGCAAAUCCUUGGAAAUGGUGCAACAGAAAGAUCAUAUUUUAAAUCCGGGGGAUAAUAACAAUGAGCACAUUAAAGCUAUGGAAUGUAGCUAUAAAGAUGCCAGUCAACAAGCGGAACAAAUAGCAUUUCCCCUAAUCACAACUCAAGAUGCUUGUGUGGAAAUUAUACCGAAUAUUGAAGAUCUAAAGAAAAUGCCUUCAGACGAAAACCCUAAAGAUAGUGCUGAAAAUGAUCAACAGUUGCAGCAAAAAGAACAAUUAUCAUCUGGAGUAAGCAGUUCUUCUUUAAAUUUCACAGAAAAUAAAGCAGCAUCUAUAACUGUUACAAAAAUUGAGGGUCUUGAGAAAAAUCUCGAGAAAAUAAACCACGAACAAGAAACAAGUUUAAAAUUUAGAACUAAAACAAUCAUAACGACAGAAGAAGAAGGGUCUGGAAGUUCAACCGAUAUUAAAAUUCCUGAAAAUAGACAUAAGGAUAUAACAUUGGACCAGGUUAAGGAGUAUUAUGAAAAUGAUACAAAAGAAACAAAUUCGACACAAACGCCUUUUGACACCGUGGCUACCGAUGAAGAUUUUGAAGAUGCUCAUACAUGCACCGAUACCAGUUCUAUACUAGAGGAACAAGAGGCUUUAAAUCAGGCAUAUCUCUGUACAGACACUGAAGAAAUUGAGUCUGAAUAUGUAGAAAAGGAUUUAUUAUUGGAACGGCAAAUGGUCAAAGAGUCAAGAGAUAUUAAACUUCAACCCUUAACAAAAACAUUAAAUCUCCGAACGGACAAUGAAAAAUUUGAAAGCGAAUUUGUGAAAGAAGAAUCUUUGUUGGAUAAUUAUGAAAAUCGGGAACUGAACUCAAGCCCCCGACAACGUAAACAAUAUACACGUAAACAGCUAAUGCAACUAAGACAAAGUAAACAUUCUUGCCAGCAGCCUGAAGUAAAAAAUUACUCAAUAUUUGCCCCCAUGAAUCUAAUGCCAGCGUUUGCAGCAAAAUCCCCUAAAAUGGCACAAAAUCUGAUAACAUCGGCUAGAGGAAAUCAUAGCGGCUAUAUAAAUUAUCAACAGAAUAACUAUAUAAAAACAAAUUCAAGAACAAAUCGUAAUAAUAAUAGUAAUAACUCCUCAGUAGCUACAGCUGGAGCCUCGGUUCUUCAAAACAAUAAGUCUAAAGGCAAAGAUUUGAUUUAUUUAAAUUUAUGCCUUAAAGAAGAUGUCAAACUUAAUGAAAGUGAUAAUGCCUGGAAACCUCGAGUUCUGGCUAAAGACUGCCCUGAAGCUGACACAAAUCUGCCACCAGAAAAGGAAGAACUUAUAAGACGUGUUAGGGGCAUUUUAAAUAAAUUGACGCCCGAAAAAUUUGAACCUUUAGUGGAAGAAAUCAUUAAACUAAAAAUCGAUACUUUGGACAAAAUGGAAGCGGUAAUGAAUUUGGUAUUCGAAAAAGCCAUAGAUGAACCGAAUUUUUCUCUCUGCUAUGCCAAAUUAUGCCACCGAUUGAUAAGCGAGGUCAAGGCCAGCGAUGAACGUAUGGCCAGCACAACUAAAACAAAUUUGGCCUAUUUUCGUAAUGCUCUUCUGGAUAAAACAGAACGAGAAUUUACCCAUCAUGUCACUAAAAUCAAUGCAAAAGAGGAAAAACUUAAGCCGAUAAGAGAGAAAUAUGAUAAAUGUCAAGACCCCAAUGAAAAGAUUGAGCUAGAAGCUUUGCUAAACGAAGAAGAGCGUAAAAUACGCAGGCGUUCGGGUGGUACAGUGCGAUUUAUAGGGGAAUUAUUUAAAAUUUCCAUACUAAGUGGCAAAAUAAUACACAGCUGUAUAGAGGCCCUGCUCAAGGAUCCCACGAAUGAAGAUAUGCUCGAAUGUUUGUGUAAACUUUUGACUACCGUAGGACAGAAAUUUGAACAGACUUGCCUAGCGCCAGAAGAUAAACGCAAAUAUUCCCUCAAAUCGGUUAUACAGCGUAUGCAAAAUAUUGCGGUAAAAAAUGAAAAUUCUAAGAUAUCUUCACGUAUACGAUUUAUGCUGCAGGAUGUUAUAGAUUUGCGCAAAAAACGAUGGCAAUCCACGCGUAAUGAGGCCCCCAAGACCAUGGAACAAAUAGAAAAGGAAGUAAAUAAUCCCACAACUAUGAACAAGAAAACAGAAAACUUAACAAAUUCUCUGCCAGAAAGCAAAAGAUCCUUAAAAACUGAUUCUUUAAAUAUGGCAAAACGUUUGGAACGUUCAACGGGUGGUAGUGGUAGUGGUAGUGGUAGUGAAGUUAAACAAAAUCCUAGAGACUCUAAAGCUAAUGACAAAUGGCAGGUUCAUGGGGGCAAAGUUAAUUCUUCGCAAGCGUUGGACUCCAGUAAACUAGUGGGUCUAAGCAAUAUGGAUAUGAAUAAUAAAAAAAUGGGAGGAGUUUCCUUGUUUCAAUGGAAAAAGUUGACCUCACCGCCCGCAACAAGUGCGGCAAAUUCAUUUGCUGUCCUUUCCAACAUGGAAGCUAAUAAAGCUACUAAAUAUCCCCCUUACACAGAGCAGGAAAGGAAACGUAACGGUAGCCAGGCAAAACAUCUACAAAAUAAACCCGAAGUUAAUGAAAGAAAAGAGGUGCUGAAGUCGAAUCAAACAAGAAAUCCUUCAAGAAUGACAAAAGCCUCUAAAAACCUUAAUCAAAAUAAAUAUCGUAAUGAUAUGGAGGCCAGUACUUCUAGGGCAAUGAGAUCUCCACCCCCAGUCCAUUUUAAAGAACCCAAUAAUGCUGAAAUAAAACUAAUCAAAUCGGUAAUAACUGACAUGCUAGAAAAUGCCCUUAACUCCAAAAACAUAGACUCAGAAACAGUAACCUGCUUUCUAAAUUUACCCAUAAAUCUCAGAUGCCCCUUGAUCUAUUAUAUACUAACCGACUAUUUACAUUUAGCCAAUAUUAAAGCCUUAAGCCGACGUUAUUUAGCUCUUGUAGUAAACUAUUUAAUAACGAAUAACUAUUUGUCUCUAGAACAUUUUCAUUUGGCCUAUAGAAAUUUUGCCGAUCUGGCCAGUGAUUUAAUUGUGGAUAUACCUGAAUUAUGGCGUUACAUAUUUGAGUUUACCGGUCCUUUACUGGUGAAAAAUCUUAUAACAGUUAAUGAUUUAUGGCCGCAACAAUUAAAAGAAUCCAGCACUACUUUAUUUAAACAAAAAUUUCUGAAAACUUUAAUACUCUACUGUACUCGAGAAGUGGGUCCUUCGUUUACCCGCAAUCUAUGGCAAAAAUAUCAUAUAAAAUGGUCCGAUUUUCUACCACAAAUGGAAGUGGAUAAUUUUAUAAUUAACAACAACUUUGAAUUUAUAGAAAAUCCUCUUAAAUCCUAUACCCAUAUAAUAAACAAUAAAUAUUCGCCAGAAAUCUUACAAAAACGUGUUAUGGACCAUAUACAACAACUACUAAAAGAAAAUUGUCAUCCUGAUUUCAUCAUAGAUUACAUUAAUGGCAAUAUUAUUCACAUUACCCGAAACUUUAUAAAAAAUUUAACUCCCCUCCUAGCAAGCUAUGCUUUAAAAGAUCAAGCAAACUAUAGUCUAGAUAUAGGGAAAUUUCAAAAAGUUUCUCUACCCAUUUUAAGACGUUAUUUGGAUUCUCAAGAACCAUUUGAACUGGAAUGUUUGGAAGCUUUACAUUGUUUUGUGGAAAAUUUAGAUAAUCCCCAAGGUUUAUGGGAUAGUAUAUGUGCUGAACUAUAUGGGGCCGAAGUUAUAGCCCAAGAAACUUUUAUGGACUGGCAGAAUUCUAAAAAUUAGUGUGGAAAAUUGUUAAUAUUUAAUCUGAUAAUAACUUCUUUGAAAUGUUUUACUAAAUUAUUUAUUUCCCAAAAGUAGUUUCGUUAAGAGAUCUUGGAGUUAUUGCUGUAGUUAAUAACUGGAACUAGUUUUCCAAAAUUUCUUGCGAAAUUGUUUUGGGAUAAUGAAAGUAUUAUUUUUACAGUUAUCUUAAUAUUUUAUGCUUGAUAAUGUAAAAUUAAAAAAUCUGAGAAUAAAAUAUUGGAU